AUGGGAAAGUGUGGAAUGGUGUGUGCUUGUGCUUUUCUUCUAGUUUUGAUUCUAUGUAAUGAGGUUUUUGUGGGUGUUGAUGGAAGGCAUUUGAAGGCUAGGACAUGCAAGAAAUGCAUGAGGGGAUAUGGUAAGAAUAAUAUGAAGGCAACAAUGGGUAGUGGUGGUGGUAACAAGCCAUCCGCUGGAAAGCCACUGACAGAUACCGCCAAUAAGGUGGAAUAUGCCGACGAUUUUCGACCAACACAGCCAGGUCACAGCCCAGGAAUUGGUCAUUCUCUCAACAAUUGA